AUGCAAGAAGGUCAAAGCAAGCGAUGGGUGCCCUCCAAGCUGCGUCACAUCCAUGAGGUGCCGUCGCAGUCGAUGAACUGGCGCCUGCUGCUCGCAGUGCUCACCAUGGGCCUGCUCGGUGCCAGUCGAGGCAUGGACGAAGGUGUCAUCUCCGGUUCCAUCGGCACUCCGGCCUUCGAACAUGCCUUCAACGUCAAGAAGAAGUCCACCAAGGAGUCCAACAUCGUGGCCAUGGUCCAGCUCCUCUCCACACUCGGUGCCCUGGUCGGCUACGCCGUCUCGGACAAGUUCGGCCGUGUCAUGGCGGGUCGCCUGAGCUGCAUCCUCAUCAUCAUCGGCAGCGCCAUGUGGGUGGGCAGCGCCGAACGCAUCGCUCUGCUCUACGUCGCCCGCAUGGUGACGGGUGUCGGUGUGGGAAUCUCCUCCGUCUGCUCGCCGGUCUUCCUCGUCGAAACGGCUCCGCGCCAGAUCCGAGGCCUCUGCACGUCGGUCUACAGUGCUUCCAUCUACCUCGGCGCCAUGCUCGGCUACGCCGUCAACCUGGGAGCUUCGCGCACCCAGAACAGGCGCAACAACAUCAUCUGGCAGAUCGUGCUCAUCCUUCCCAUGCUCUGGCACACGAUGCUCCUGAUCGGCACCCUCUUCAUCCACGAGUCGCCCAGAUGGCUGCUCGACCACGGCCACGUCGAGAAGGCGCACCGCUCGCUCCGAUUCUACCGCAACCUCGACGAAGACCACCCGGCCAUGAUCGAGGAGACCAACCUCAUGCGCACCUCGAUCGCCGAAGAGCACUCGCGCCACACCCAACGCCAGGAGGCGCUUCCAGCCAACUCGCUCAUGAGGAGCAGCAACACGCUGCUCAAGCUCAACGCCGUCUUCACCAGCCGCAAGAACAUGCUCAAGGUCGGACUCGGCGUCAUGAUCCAGGUGCUCGUCCAGUGGGGUGGUCCCGGUGCGAUUGCUACGUAUGCCAACCGCAUCAUGACGCUCGUAGGCGCCUCGGACAAGAACGGCUACGUCAUGUCGGUCGGCUUCGGUGCCACCAAGCUCGGCUGCGGUAUCCUCUCGGCCUUCUUCCUGGUCGAUCUGCUUGGCCGCCGCAAGACGCUGCUGUGCGGUGUGCUGAUCCAGGGUCUCUCGAUGCUCUACGUUGCCAUCUUCCUCGGUCUGUACGUGCAGGGCAACCACACCAAGGGCGAAAAGACGGCGGGCGAGGCUGCGCUCGCCGCCAUCUUCCUGUCCGGAGCCAGUUUCUCGGCCGGUGGCAACCUGGCGCAGUACCUCGUGGGCACCGAGAUCUUUGAGGUGCACGUGCGAAGUAUCGCGACGUCGAUCGUCAUGGCCAUGCACUAUCUGCUUCAGUUCUCGGCGACCAGGGCGCUGCAGCCCAUGCUCAACUCGGCCAUGGGUGGAGCGGGCACGUUUGCCUUGUACGCUGCCGUCUCGCUGGUGCUCGCUCUUCCCUUCUACGCGAUCUUCCUGCCCGAGACCGCAGGCCUGCCGCUCGAGGAGAUCGACCAGGUGUUCGAACGUCCCGUCUGGCAGAUGGCACGUGCCGCACGAGCCAAGCCCCACGUCGACGAAGACGCCAUCUUCGACGUCCAGUCCUCCUCCUCGUCGUCGACGGGCGAUGACGAGAAGAAGGUCGAUCUGCAUUCCAACGUCCAGGUCCGCACCAGCCCCUAG